AUGUUAGUUAGUCCAUUUUGGUUUUACGAGUUAUUCACUACAAAGUUUGGGCACAACCCGUUGCAACCCUCCCAGCUACGCAUUGGUGAUGACGGAGCCCUUUCCCAAUCCUAUUUUAACUUUUCCGAGCCCACAGUUAUAUUUUUUCAUGCAUUUUUUGAGUCGUAUCAGUCAACUCCUGGUAGAUUAAUUAGAACUGCUUUCUUACAAAGAAAAGAUUACAAUGUUCUUUUUGUAAACGCCCCACGACUGGAGGCCGGUCCAUGGUAUCUUACAGCAGCACAAAAUACAAUGGUUGUUGGACAGUAUGCAGCCCAAUUUAUAGAUUAUUUAGUAAGCAGGGGAUUAUAUUUGCCUAGUUUGCACCUAACUGGUUUAAGUUUGGGUGCCCAGAUGGCUGGCGUAUGUGGACAAAGUGUUCAAAGUGGAAGAAUCCAAAGAAUUACAGGAAUGGAUCCUGCUGGGCCUUUAUUUACAAAAUGGCCAAAGAAUUUAAAAUUAGACGCAGGAGAUGCAGAAUUUGUGGACGUUAUACACACAGACGCUGGAAUCUUCGGUUACCCUACUUCUAUAGGACAUGUAGAUUUUUGGCCAAAUCAAGGCAUUUCUCCUCAACCUGGAUGUACACUGCCAGAAAUUAAGAGGAGAAAUCCGGAUUCAUUUAUUAUUGAGCCGUUGUUUUGCAGUCAUUGGAGAUCAUAUCAAUUUUUUGCUGAAUCAGUAGUAAAUCCGCAAGCUUUUGCUGAUGCAGUUUCGUGUACUUCAUGGAAAGAUUACACUGCAGGAAGAUGCAGGAAUUUUGAAAACGGACCUCCAACAAGAAUGGGUCUUUAUGUAGAUUUUGAGGCAAGAGGAAACUACUACUUACGCACAAAUCCGGAAUCUCCGUUUUCUCAAACAUGAAAAAGAGUCGCUAAGACAGAAAUCUUUUCUAGUCGUAAAUAGUUACCUUAAAGAAUUAGCAGACUGAAAACUGUAAAAAUUGUUUUGUUAGAUUGUUUGUAUAAAAAAAUAUUUAUUUGACGGUCA